ACUUGCAAGUUCGUACCAACACAAGCUUAGCCAUGACGAUGAGGAAGCGCCCAUCCGCGUCCUCUCUUCUCGUAGCACCGUUGCUGCUUAUGCUUCUUCCAGUGUUUGCUCUUGCUGCCGGGAGGCACAACCUGAUCACUAGAGACCCUCAGUACGGCCCACGGGCGAACCCAAAUUCAGAACCACUACCAGGAAAACAGCCAGAUCCAAACCCUCAACCAUUGCCGGGACCACAACCAGACCCAAAGCCGCAACCGCUACCCGAGCCUAAACCUCAUACAAACCCACAACCACUGCCAGAUCCACAACCUGAUCCAAACGCUCAACCAUUACCAGGACCACACCCUGACCCAAAUCCACAACUAUUGCCAGGACAAAACCUGCAACAGUUGAUGAACCCACAGCCAAACACAAAGCCGCGGCCACUACCAGACCCACUAGCAAAACCAAACCCUCGGCCAUUACCAAGACCGCAGCCUGAUCGAAAUCCACAACCAUUACCAGACCCAAACCCGAAACCAUUGCCGGACCCACAGCCAAACCCAAACCCUAAGCCACUACCAGGGCCGCAACCUGAUCCAAACCCACAACCAUUACCAGAACCAAACCCAAAACCAUUGCCGGACCCACAACCAAACCCAAACCCUCAGCCAUUACCAGGACCACAGCCUGAUCCAAACCCAGAACCAUUACCAGACCCAAACCCGAUACCAUUGCCGAACCCACAGCCAAACCCAAACCCUCAGCCAUUACCAGGACCACAGCCUCAUCCAAACCCGCAACCAUUACCAGACCCAAACCCGAAGCCAUUGCCGGACCCACAGCCAAACCCAAACCCUCAGCCAUUACCAGGACCGCAACCUGAUCCAAACCCACAACCAUUACCAGACCCGAAUCCACAACCACUGCCUGACCCGAAUGCACAACCAAAACCACCACUUGGGACUCAAGCAGAAAAAGGAAAUGGUGAAGCAAACGUCCAAGAGUAAUUGUUGGCAUGAGAUGUUCGGGUACAUCAACCAUGCCAGACAUAGUAUCAUCAUUACUUAUAUUGCCGGUUGGAUUAAAUAAGUGGUGUGUUGUAACCCACCACCAUUAAGUCAUCCCAUGCUAUAUAAUGUCAAGAUCAAUCAAGAUUAGGGCAUGAUGCCCAUGUAAAUCUUGUGAUUGUUCUUAUUUACUUUUCUGGCUUGUACGGAGGAUGAUGGCUUGUGUGUGCUGGUUGUACUAUGAUUGUGUGAUGAUAUAUACUAAAAAAAUUACUUUGUA